GCGCCGAUUCAGUUCAACUUUGGCCGCGAGACGCGUUGGUUUGCUCUUUCUUAUCGGACGCUGAGCAAAUAUUUGUAGCUUGACGCACAGUGAAAAUAUUAUUGUGGCUUAUUUGCAUUGCCGCAGUGUAGAUAAAAUUACAGAAAAGAGGUUCAUUUCGGAGACGUGCAAAUUUACGAUUUGGAUUGCAUACUAAGUACAUACAAAAAAGACGAUAUUUGCUAAGUAAAAGCGGAUCAGUAGAGGCAACAGCGCAAAAAUGGCCGAUAAUCUCGCCUCCCCCAUCAAAUCAUUUUACAAGGGUAAGAAUGUCUUCAUUACCGGCGCCACUGGCUUUGUGGGCGUCACCAUCGUUGAGAAGCUGUUGCGUGACAUACCCGAAAUAGGCACCGUCUAUCUGCUGAUGCGACCCAAAAAAGGCAAAACUGUGGCGCAACGCUUGGAAGAGAUACGCAAGAAUUCCGUUUUUGACAAAUUCAAAGAAUUGACACUCUAUGAGAAGCGUUUCGAUAAGAUUGUAACCAUAGAAGGCGAUGUGGGUCAAGAGCAUUUGGGCAUCUCCGAAGCGGAACGGCAGGUGUUGAUCGAUAAUGUACAUGUGGUAUUCCAUUCGGCAGCCACAUUGGAUUUCUUUCAAUCGCUCAAAGAGACCACAAACAUUAAUUUGCUUGGCACACGGCGGGUAGUGGAGCUGUGCAAGCAACUAACGAAAUUGGAGGCUCUUGUUCACGUUUCUAGCGCUUAUGUGAACUCGUACAUCACUGAAGUUGAAGAAAAAUUAUAUCCAGCUCCAGAUGACCCUGAAAAGGUGAUACACUUAGCUGAAACACUGAGUGAUGAGGCGCUCAAGGAGUUGGAGCCAAAAUUGUUGAAAGAUCAUCCGAACACGUAUACGUUCACCAAACACUUGGCCGAACAUGAGGUGGCCAAUGUGGCUUCACGUUUUCCAUGUGGCAUUGUGCGCCCAAGCAUGAUCACCGCUGCCUGGAAACAGCCCACACCCGGCUGGACGAUAUCAAAGAACGGACCACAAGGCUUCUUUAUGGGCGCAUCUCGUGGCAUUUUGCGUCGUUUGCCUUUAGAUCCGACCAUCAUUAUGGAUUACAUACCGGUUGAUGUAGUGGUGAAUGCAAUUAUCACAACCGGUUACUAUGUAAAUGCGCUCAAAGUCAAAAAUGCCGGCAAGCCAGCUGAGCUACAAAUCUUCCAUCUCACUUCCAGCACCUACAAGCCAUUCCGUUUUGAGUUUUUAAUCAAUAAAAUUAAUGCAUUCCUACACGAAUAUCCUUUAGUUUCUGCUGUUUGGUAUCCAAAUCUAAAACUGGUCAAAAGUCUAUUCCUCUUUCGUAUAGGCGCCAUACUUUUUCAUUUUAUACCAGGAUUUUUUCUGGAUUUGGUCACUAAACUCAGCGGCGGCAGACCUAUCCUCAUACGCCUACACAAAAGCGUCUGGAACUCAUUGAAUACAUUGGAGAAAUUCAUUUUUACUGAAUGGCAUUAUGACAGCAAACAUACAUUGGCCCUAUCAAAGCAAAUGGAUCCACGCGAUCGUGAAAUAUUUUUCAUUGAUAUUGGCGAUUUAGCUUGGGAUGAUUACUUCCUUAACACAAUUAUGGGUGUGCGUCAGUAUCUGAGCAAGGAAUCACCAAAAACAUUGAAUGCUGCUAGAAAGAAGGAUAAGAUUCUUCUCGCCUUGCACGUCGCUCUGCAGUUGGCUUUCUAUUAUGGCAUUUGGAAGCUAGCCAUUGUGGCUUUUGGCUUGUCUAACGCUAAAGCGGCACUUAUACUCCCGGUUGCAUACUUCCUCGUGGGCAUGAUUUAAGCAUCACUUUCAGUAGCAAGAGUUUAACAUUUACAUACUUCUUUAUUUAAUUGAAUUUUUUUGGAUUCGCUAUACAUGUUUGUCCUGAGUAAUAUCAUGCGCAAAUAUUGAAUUGAAUUGAUGCGCUCUUGAAUUUUUAAUUUCAUCUAAAAGGUAGGUUUGGUUUAUAAAUAGUACUUAUUUGCAUAUCUGAAACCUAAAUGAAUAAAAGUGUUUUUGUAUACUAUGUACGUAUGUGCAAAGAAUAAAAAAAAAUUAUAAAAAAUGAU